CUGCACUACGGGACCCUCAUGGGCAGCAGAUCUUGUGUCAAAAUGGCAGCAGCUGCCUGGGCCAGUGGCUUUCUCAAUGCUCUCCUGCACACUGCUAACACAUUUUCAAUACCACUCUGCCAAGGCAACACAGUGGACCAGUUCUUCUGUGAAAUCCCCCAGAUCCUCAAGAUCUCCUGUGUGGAAUCCUACCUCAGGGAAGUUGGACUUCUUGUGGUUAGUGCAUGUUUAUUCUUUGGGUGUUUCAUUUUCAUUGUGGUGUCCUAUGUGCAGAUCUUCACAGCUGUGCUGAGGAUCCCCUCUGAGCAGGGCCGCCACAAAGCCUUUUCCAUGUGCCUCCCUCACCUGGCCGUGGUCUCCCUGUAUGUCAGCACUGCAAUGUUUGCCUACCUGAAGCCCCCCUCCAUCUCCUCCCCGUCACUGGAUCUGGUGGUGGCUGUUCUGUACUCAGUGGUGCCUCCAGCCUGCACCAUUAACACAGAUAUAUUUGUGUCUCGCACAGAGUCCAGUGCACCAAAACCACCCCCAGCCCACGACUGUCCAGGCCACUCCUCACUCUUUGCGCAGAGCAAGUCACACUCUGAGGUGUCAGGCUCUCUCAACUGA